AUGAUUGCGAAGUUAGGACAGUGUUCAUCUAAGGCCUUCCAUGAGCGCUGCCAAGAUGUCUACCAUCAUGAAACCUCCUGUCUCUGUGAUAUCCAACUUCCUCCACACAAUGGUCGGGUACAUUGGCUUAGCGAUUGGGAAGUAGAUUUCUCCCCUCCAGCUGGGUGUGCUCCUCACUACACGCUCACGUUGCCACGGAAAUCACUGAGCGGUUCGAGAUCUGAAAAUUUCGAAGCCGAGUUUCGCAGCCCCUCUAUAUCUCCUCAUAGGUCACCUGACAUUGUCACAACUGAGGUCAUUUCAUCUUCUCUCAGUUCUCUAGAGUUUGUUGUUACAACAACAACAACAGUGAGUUCACCGACAGUGACGGUAGCCUCUCACUCACCUUCUCUAUCCCCAUCGAAUACCGAUUUUAAAGACGGAGGAAGGUACAAAGGAUGCGAUGAGGGAUUCGUCUUUGCCACAACACCUAGCUGUGAUGCAAAGGGGUGGAUUUAUACGACUAGAUCAUCUUUAUGCGAUCAUCAAGUCCACUGCCCUCAGAAAUCAUAUGGUGGUGUGAGACACAGAAGAUGGGUUCGAAGCUAUAGUGUGUGCACCGAGGCCCCAUGGCAAGAAGUGGGGCCUCUCAAAAUCAAGUCCCUUUCAUUGACUCGGGCAUCUGGUAGGAUCGACGGUUGCAUUGGAGCAUGGGCAGUCACAGAUACAGGAGAGCUUGUCUUUCGAAAGGACGUGACACCAUCUAAUCCUGCUGGAUCUGCUUGGAUUCACCGCCCAGCUCCUCGUCGACUGCAUUCCGUAGCUGUAGCAUCAAAUAGCAGUGUUUUGAAGUUAUGGGCUAUUUGUGCGGACUUUGGACUUCUGUGGCAGCAGGAAUCAGCACUCAGCGAUCAAUGCAGACCUUCCGAUCAGCUAAAAUGGCACUGUCUCGGCUUUUCCCCAACCGGUUGUGCUUGGGAUCGACUUGCACCGGUUUCCGAGAGUAUUCUUUGGGCACUGGAUGUUGAUGGAAAGCUAUGGGUGUAUUUAGAAGGUCAGCAGGCCUCGGAAGACGAUGAGAAGUCAGGUGAAGGGGAAGGGCCAGUUGUAAAUUGGAUCAGAGUUGCUGCACCGCGUGUCUCUGAUAUCUCUUCCAGUCCUGAUGGCAAAGUAUGGGCAGUGUUCACCUCUAGGAAUGCUGUCGCCGUUCGAACUGGAAUGAGUCAGAACACACCUAGUGGGACUGGGUGGCUUAUCAUCCUCGAGGGAACUGUAUCCAGUGUUUGUAUAAAAGGAGGGUCAGCUCUGCCCUAA